AAAGGCCAUGUAGAAGUAAGGUUGAGCUAACCAUUACACAAAUUCUUCUUAUUCAUUGACAAUUUCUCUCUCUCUCUCCCUCUCUCAAUCUUGUAUGUGAUGUAUGGAGUGUGGACCCUACUUCACCUCCAACCAGCGGCGCUAUUAGUCUUUACUUGGUUUCAAAGCUCACCCACCUCCUCUCUCUCUCUCUCUAUCUCACUCAUAAAUCAACCUCAUCCUCCAUUUAUUAUAAACAAAUCCAAACACCACCUUACCAUCUUCUUGCUCUGCCUAUCUCUCUCAAAGUCUUGGUCUUGGCAAAUCCCCCCCCCCCCCCCUCUCUCUCUCUCUCUCUCUCUCUCUCUCUCCUUCUUCCAAGUCCAAACUAGCCUUCUAGUUUCUUCUCUAUAUUUUAUUACAAUUUACAAAACUCACCAAAAAAAAAAUCCUAUUCCUCUAGUUUCCUAAACCAAUCAUAAACCCAAUACAAAUAUCCAUAUAUUUAAAAAAAAAAAACACAAAAACAAUGAAAGGUGAAUAUGUAGAACCAAAAAACGAAAACACUUCAAACAUGUUCUCAAAACUUCACCACCCUUCUUCUCCACAUCUCCAAAACCCAUUUUCUCACCCUUUCCACCAAGUCCCCACCGACUCCCAAACCCAACAGCAUCAUCAUCACCAUCAUCAUCAACAACAACAACAACAACAACAACAACACUCCGAAGACGAUGAGAGCCGAAGCAGUGGCGGUGGGCCCACACCGACCCAAACUCUGGCCCUAAAGCCCAAACACGACGCUGAUGGAGCUUCAAUCGAAGUGGUUCGGCGGCCCAGAGGCCGCCCGCCCGGUUCCAAAAACAAGCCCAAACCGCCCGUCAUCAUAACCCGAGAGCCCGAACCGGCCAUGAGCCCGUACAUUCUCGAAGUCCCAGGCGGAAACGACGUCGUCGAGGCGAUCUCGAAGUUCUGUCGCCGCAAAAACACCGGCCUCUGCGUCUUAACGGCUUCUGGAACCGUCGCCAACGUCACGUUACGCCAGCCGUCGACCACUCCCGGCGCCACCGUUACUUUUCACGGCCGCUUCGACAUCUUAUCGGUCUCCGCCACCUUCCUAACGGCGUCGUUUCCUCCAAUCCCAAACGGGUUCACCAUCUCCCUCGCCGGCCCGCAGGGCCAGAUCGUCGGAGGAAUCGUCGCCGGAGCUUUAAUCGCCGCCGGAACUGUGUACGUCGUAGCUGCCUCGUUCAACAACCCCACGUACCACCGCCUCCCGCCUGAGCUGGAAGAUAUAAGGGACGAUGGAAACUCGCCGCCUCACGCGGCGGUUUCAGGUGGAGAUAGUGGGCAACACCCGGCGGCGCCGCCUCAGGGAGGAGGAGAGUCGUGCGGGAAUAUGGCUAUGUAUAGUUGCCACUUGCCUUCCGAUGUGAUUUGGGCUCCAACUGCUAGACCACCACCACCACCACCUUACUAAUUUUAGCGUUUUUUUUUUUGGUUUUUAAAUUUCUGGGUACUGUGAAUUUUAGAAAGUCUUUUAUUUUGUUGUUGAAGAAUUCGGGGUUUGUGACCCUGGAUUAACUUCUUUGUUUAAAUUUCAUGUUAAUGUUAAUGUUAGCGUUUUUUAGUUUA